AUGGAGGCCGACUACGCGCGGCUCGAGACCGACGCCUCGGCGCCGCCGGUGGAGAUCGUCUGGGACGGCGUCGGCGUCGCCGCCGGCGCCAAGGAGAUCCUCGUCGACGCCCACGGCCGCGCCGUCUCCGGGCGCGUGCUCGCGUUGAUGGGCCCGAGCGGCGCGGGCAAGACGACGCUGCUCAACGCGCUGAGCGAGCGCGCGGCGCUCGCGGCGGGCGUCGUCGCCGUCGACGCCGGCGGCGGCCCGCGGCCGAGCGUCGCCUUCCUGCAGCAGGACGAGGUCUUCCUCAGCAUGCUCACGGCGCGGGAGCACCUGCGCUUCGCGGCGCGGCUGCGGCACUGGCGCGCGUCCGUCGCCGAGCGCGAGGCGCGCGUCGACGCGGCCUUGGCCGAGUUCGGCCUCGCGGACGUCGCGGACGGCGCCGUCGGCGCGCCGGCGACGGAGCGGCUGAGCGCCGUGCGCGGCCGGGGCCUGAGCGGCGGCGAGCGGAAGCGGCUCGGCAUCGCGCUGGAGGCGCUGGGCGCGCCGCGCGUCUUCUACCUCGACGAGCCGACGACGGGGCUGGACAGCGGCCUCGCGCUCGGCGUCGCCGGCGCGCGCUACGCGGCGCGCCGCGUCGGCGCGCCGCGGCGGUGUCGCGUCGCCGCCGUCGUGGCCCGCAUGACGCUGAACCUGCUGCGCGAGUGGCCCCUGCUCGCCGCGCGGCUCGUCCUCUCCGUCGUCAUGGCCGUCCUCGCGGGGUCCAUGUACCGCCGCGCGGGCUGCGGCGUCGACGCGCGCGGCGUGCCCGACGUCACGGGCUGCCUCUUCAUUAUAUGCACCAGCGCGCUCUUCUCGUCGUUCUUCCCCUGCAUCGGCCUCAUCGGCAAGUCCAUGCCGUUGGCGUACCGCGAGUCCGCGGGCGGCCUCUACGAGAUCUCCGCGCAUUUGGUCGCCUACGUCGUGACGGACGCGCCCGUGCAGGUCUUCCUGGCCGCGGCGAACAUGGCCAUCGUCUACGUCAUGGUCGACCCGCGCUGCGGCAAGGGGUCCGGGGACGACCGGGCCCACUUUCUGGCGUUUUUGUUGGUGGCGCAGCUGGUCGCGUACGCGGGCGCGGGCCUGGGCUACUGCCUGCCCGCGGUGCUGCCGGUCGAGGUCGCGCUCAUCGUGGCGCCCGUCGUCGUCUACCCCUGCAUCUUGUUCGGCGGGCUCUACGAGCGGUCCGUGGACAUCCCCUGGUACUUCGCGUGGUGGAACAGCGUGAACCCGCUGUACUUCGGGUUGAACGCGCUCGCGGUGUCGGAGUGGCGGACGUACGGCGACGUCGCCUUUCCCUUCGCGGACGGCAAGGCCGUGUUGGAGUUCUACGGGCUCGGGAACCUGUCGUUCUCCGCGUCGUGCUGGAGCCUGCUGGCCGUGGGCACGGGGCUCCGCGUCUUCGUCUUCGCGUACCUCGAGCUCCACGCGGCCUGGGCGAAGCGCGGCUAA